AUGGGUUUGGACACCAACUACCUCAGCUCUCAUCGUGGUAUCAUCAAGAUUGCCCAAAUCAUCAUCGGCAUCGUGAUCACAUCGUUGGUUUGUGGUAACGUGUUCGGUCAUGGAUCCUGCUUCAAGGAAGGCCGUAUCUCGUACACUUCUGGAUUGAACAGCGUCGUUUUGAUCAUCAACAUUGUCUUCUUGAUUCUCAACUUGUUGGAAUUGAGCCAACUUAGUUUGGUAAGGUUUUUUCGUUUUUACAUUGAAAAAUAUGUUAUUCAUAGUGUUUUGAUAGGCUUACCUAGAUUUAAAUGGUCAUAUGACCCAGUAAGAAUUUAAUUUUGACAAAAAAAUUUAUAAAUAAGUUUACAAUGUCUAUUUAAUACCUAAAAAUCCAAAAAUUUUAUAAAAAGAUUUAUUAGUUUACUUUAUACAUCAAAAACCGUAUUCACCAUGGCUAUCAGAUACCGUUCCCUAUUAAAUUUGUCAUAAGAACAAGUAAAUACCUAGUGAUGACAAAAUACUGCUAAAAAUAGUUUAACAUACCUAUUUCAUACCUAAAAACAAAAAAUUUCACAAAAACAUCAACGCUUCUAUUUUAUACAUCAAAAACUAUAUUCACCAUGACCAAUCAGCUCCCUCAUUUCACAAAAUCCGUCAUAACUUCUAUAAAACCCAUCAUAAUGACGUUAAUUUUUCAGGAAAGAAUCUACACUUUCGUCUGUACCGUUCUGUUCCUCAUUGCCGCCAUCUUGUUGAUCUGGUUGAUUGUUGUGAACGACCACCGCGGAGGCUACAUCACCAUCACCGUCUUGAUUGUUGUCCAAUUCUUGUUGUUCUUGUGGGACUCCAAGAUCUUGCAAGGUGAAGCCUCCAACUGGUAG